AUGAGCGAUAGUCACUUAUGUGCCUUACGUCUUCCACCGUUCGGAUUGAUUGGGACCAGCGACGGAGGCUCCUACUCGGGUGAAAUCGACCAUACUGGGUUCUUAUCGGAUAAUAUUGGCUCACUUUUUAUGAAUCAUGACUUUUCUGAUGUCGUCUUCAUAGUCGAUGGAGAGAAGUUUCCAGCUCACAAAGUGCUUCUGGCUGCGCGGAGUGAAUAUUUCAGGGCUUUGCUUUAUGGUGGUAUGAAGGAAAGCGAUGAAGGCGAAAUCGUUCUUGAAGAGACUAACGUGUUUGCAUUCCGUAUCCUACUGAGGUCGUACAAGGAAGAGCAAGUUAUGGAAAUACUUGGGCUUGCCCAUAAAUAUGGCUUCGUUAAACUUCAGAAUGCUAUUGCAGAUUAUUUAAAGGCCAUCCUAAAUAAUAAGAACCUUUGCACAAUUUUCAAUAUAUCGCAGUUGUAUUUCUUGAAUGAUCUUACCGAAUACUGUCUGGUGUUUGCGGAUCAGAACGCUACUGAAAUACUAACCACUCAGGGUUUUCUACAAUUAUCGUUGAAUGCAAUAACACAGUUAAUCGCACGGGAUUCGUUUUGUGCAUCAGAAAUCGAUAUUUUCUGUGCCAUAUGUGAAUGGGUAAAAGUUCGUCCAGAAAUGCAGGCAGCUGCAGUGGAAAUGUUGAUGAAGUGUCUUAGACUUUCUCUUAUUAGUCAAAGAGACCUUCUCAAUAUAGUGAGACCAUCAGGUCUCUUCGCUCCUGAUACUAUUCUAGACGCUAUUGAAGAGCAGGACAAAAAGCGCACAACUGAUUUGACGCAUCGUGGGUUCCUAAGUAAGGCGUUCCUCAUUUUUGGAUUUACUGUGUUUCAUUCUAUUACCUUGGUGUAUUUUACACUGUACGGAUUUUCAGCACCCAAUACAAACAUUGCUACAGCGCAACUUGGUGCCGUUGUUAUCUCAGGAGAGGCACCAAAUGCUCUACUUAGUGAGACUGGAAGUCAAGCCAUCCCUCAAGAUGGAGAUCGUUGCCUCACACGGCAUGCACUUGGAGACAACGAAGGAAUAGUCGUACAACUCGGCCGUCCUUACAUAAUUAACAAGAUAAUUCUGUUUCUAUGGGAUCGUGAAACAAGGAUGUAUUCCUAUUACGUAAGUAUGGAUCGCAGGGAUUGGGUUCGCGUGAUUGACCACACCAAGUAUCUUUGCCGCUCUCGUCAAUCCCUGUACUUCGAGCCGCGUGUUGUAAGAUACAUCCGUAUAGUGGGCACACAUAAUUCACAGUCGAAUCGGAUGUUUCAUUUGGUAGGGUUAGAGGCCCUACAUUCUUCGGAUGAGUUCAAAAUUGAUCCGAAGACUAGAUUACUAAUACCGACGACAAAUGUGGCAACUAUUGAAAACAACGCGUUGGUUAUAGAAGGAGUAUCGAGAUGUAGAAAUGCACUUCUCAACGGUCAGAAUUCCGAUUACGAUUGGGACAACGGUUACACAUGUCAUCAAAUAAACAGUGGAGCAAUUACCAUUCAAUUACCACAACCCUAUAUGAUUAGUUCAAUGAGAAAUUGUUGA